AUAGUUGUAUGAAAAAAAAAACAGAACAAGGCUUGUAAUGAUUUUGAUGAAUCUCUCUGGUUGAAGGGGUCAUACAUUGUUGUCAAUGCUUGAACCAUAAUCGUCAAACAUUAUUUCAAAGCUUACUUAUAAACUAUUAAGAACGCAUUUUCAAAAGAAGACAAAUAUAUGAGACAGGUACUCCCACAACGUACAAAUAAAAUAAUAAUUUACUCCAAACUACCCAAUUAAAAAAUCAGUUUAAAAUUGUAACUAUAAUGUCGACAUUUCGCUAUAUGCAAAUUAAUAAGCCAGUUACCAUUUUAAUGUGGGUUUUUUUUAAUUUUAUUUUUUUACACUUUUUGGCAUAUCCAUUGGUAUAUCGCUUGCAAUGAACUUGUCAUAAUUACAUCAAUAGACGUUUUCAAGAGAGUAUAAUAUAAGGACCGUACAAAGAUCAUUUUCAGAAAAUUAUGUUAGAACUCUUGCUUAUGAAAGUGGGGUGAACUGUAUGUAGUGUGUUAGAGGAAACGCUAGCGACCCUGCUUUAAAAAUGGGUUUGUGAGGUAGAGCUUGGUUGGAGUAGCACCCUCAAUCAGGACAAUCUACUAUCCAGAUCACGUGAACAAAUAUGCUCGUAUUUUAAGGCAGCGCCUUUAUUUGUCAUGAUAAAGGGUUCUGAAACGCCAAUAUCGCAAUGUUGACUCGAACGAUGACCUAUCUGCUGUAAACGUGUAUUAUUAUUUUUACAGUUGGAGGUUGACUGCAAGCAUUAUUUCGUUUUUUUUUUGGAAUGAGGAUACCUGCUUGGCUUUUUUUAUUGGUAGUUGAGUGAGUGGCUUUCAUUCUUUCGGGAAUACUGUCUGCUUUGGUAUAUGGAAAUGUUUGGAAAAGCGCAAGAUCGGGUUUAGAACUGUGCCGAGCACAGACAAAGGGUGAAGGAUAUAUUUGAGGUGCUACGAGGAUAGGUACGGAAAUUAAGAAGCCAGACUCUGUGAUGAAUUGAUUCUCAGGUCUUGGACCAAAUAAUCUGAACCGGUUGAGGGAAAACAGAAGACAGUGCAAUAAAGGCCACGAUCAAAGUUUAAAGACCCUCUGGGAGGAUCCAAUUACAUGACGCAAGAGCCUGUGCCAUUGGACAAACCUACAAAGUAGUAUAAAAUCUUCACAAUGCAGAAAGCCACUUAUUAUGAUAACUCUGGACUUUUUGGAGGCUACUCAUACUCAAAAUCUGACUCAUAUGCGUAUGGGCCCGCCCAUCAGCCCUACCCCACCUCCAGCAUAGAAAAUGACUAUCAGAGCCCCAUCUGUUCCGUACAAUCUACAACGGUCCGGCCGCCGGUGCACAAAAACAGCGACAUCAAUGGCAGCUGUAUGCGACCAAAUGGCAGCCAAGGCAGCCAACCAGAGAGUGUUGGUGACCAACAACAAGCGCCUCCUUUAGCACCCACCUCACCCAACUCGAGCAGCACCACCACCCAGAAAAAGAAAUCUCCCAACAACAAUGGUUCUAACACUGCCACCUCAGUCAUAACGAAACAAAUAUUCCCAUGGAUGAAGGAGACGCGUCAGAACUCAAAACAGAAAAGUACCAGCUGCACAACUCCAGGAGAGACCUGUGAUGACAAAAGUCCACCCGGUCCGGCCUCCAAGCGUGUGCGCACUGCAUACACCAGCGCCCAGCUCGUGGAGCUCGAGAAAGAAUUCCACUUUAAUCGUUAUUUAUGCCGACCACGAAGAGUCGAGAUGGCCAAUCUGCUCAAUCUCACCGAGCGCCAAAUAAAGAUCUGGUUUCAAAACAGGAGAAUGAAGUACAAAAAAGACCAGAAAUCCAAGGGAAUAAUGCACUCUCCCUUAGGACAUUCUCCGGACAGAAGCCCGCCGCUGAGUGGGCCUAAUCACGUAGGAUAUUCUGGUCAGCUUCCAAAUGUAAACACCCUGAACUAUGAUGCACCGUCUUCUCCAUCCUUCGCCAAGCCUCAGCAAAAUAUGUACGGCUUGGCUGCGUACACGGCGCCAUUGGGCGGUUGUAUACCGCAGCAAAAAAGAUACCCGGGUGCAGAGUUUGAGCACCACGGCAUGCAAGGGAACGGAAGCUUUGCCAAUGCUAAUUUGCAAGGCAGUCCUGUAUAUGUUGGGGGAAAUUUUGUUGAUUCGAUGCCAGCUUCGGGCCCCAUGUUCAACCUCGGUCACCUUCCUCAUCCUUCAUCAGCCAGUGUGGACUACAGUUGUGCCGCUCAGAUUCCGGGCAACCACCAUCAUGGACCGUGUGACCCUCAUCCCACAUACACAGACCUCAGCUCUCAUCACGCUUCUCAGGGAAGGCUGCAGGAAGCGCCGAAACUUACUCAUUUGUAAGGAUUUCACGUGCGUGUGCCCAAGCGAAGUGUCGCUUUUUAUUACCUCAUGAGUUCAAAUUAAUUUAUAUAACUACACUUCGAGAGACACAAUGUAUUAUUCCUGUAUUAUUACUGAUAGUACUAUUACUGCUAUGACUGUAAGAAUUUUGAAGCUGUGGUCCAUAUCUCUUGACUGUUGACGAUGCGAGAGAGCGUUUGUUGUCAUUCGUUCAGAUCUCGAAAGAGCAGCGCGUAAAAUGAAGAAAAUUUCAUAUCUUAUUACUUGAAGGUAAGUUCUGUAGAUUUUACAGUAUUAGGCUUCCAUCUUUAUAGGGAUGGAAUUUGUAGAAAAAAAAUUCAUUUCCAUUGUUAGUCGUCUGUAAGUCAUUGGUACCUAUAAAUCAGUUUUCACUAAAAGAGUCAUUAUUUAUUAUUUUCAUCUGAGAUUGUAUGGCAGACAUUUAUCACUAUUGUAUAUUUAUUAUUUAUGAUUUUGUAACACAUUAUUAUUUAUCUUUUCAUGUGGACUAUUUAUAUGGAUUAUAGUAUGUUAUGCAACCUAACUGGGAAAUGCGGCAUUAUAAACACGAGCAAAAUAAUAUGUGACUGGUGUAUUUUUUUUUUCUUUUUAUGUUUUUUUUUUUUUUUUUUUUUUUGCUGCAACAAAUGGAAAGUUUUGUUUUCGUAAUAAAAAUCUGGCACUUUUUAGUUUUACUUUUCUCAUCUUUUACCUAAUCAUCCAUAACAUAUUUUUAUUUUGUGAGUGAACAGUCCACGUUCAAAUUGACGAAAUGGUAACGAUACGGAAAUGUUAUAUUUUAUUGUGUUAUAGAUUUUGUAAAUAAAGUGCUUAAACUGAAUUAGUGACAUCA